UAAAUUGUCUGUGAUACUACAGCUAUAGUUUGGACUUUGCUCUUUAUGAGGGCUAAGAGAAAUGAAAUCAUUGCCUGUAUUUGAGCUUCAUUAAGUUUCUCAGGCUUUUUUUAAUUUCUUAUGAGCUUGAAAUGAUUAUUGGAGGCUAUUAGUAAGCAAGUGCUCACAGAGGGCAUUUUGAAAAUAUAGCUCUGUGAUUUCAGUGUGUGUGUGUGUGUGUGUGUGUGUGUGUGUGAGUGAGAGAGAGAGAGAGAGAGAGAGAGAGAGAGAGUGAGUGAGUGAGUGUGUUAAAGUAUUCAGAACGGUGCAUUCCUCUACACUUCAGUUUUACAGUUACUGGUGUGUUUGCUUUAUGGGGCGGUCAUGCAGGGCACACUCUCAAAUGAUUUAUAGACAUUGAUAUAAAUCACAGUUUCUGUAUGUUUUGAGGUUUUACAGACUAAAGUUUCCGUUUCCUUUCAAAUUGAUAACUUCAACUCAUGUUUCAAAUUGAAUACUGUGUAAGCCAGGGUGUGCUGAGUGACUCCAGCCAUGUCUCCUAAGCAACCAAAAUUGGCCCAGUUGCUAGGGAGGGUAGAGUCACAUGGGGUAACCUCCUCGUGGUAGUGAUUAGGGGUUCUCGCUCUCAACGGGGCGCAUGGUAAGUUGUGUGUGGAUGCGGAGAGUAACAUCAGCCUCCACAUGCUGUGAGUCUCCGCGGUGUCAUGCACAAUGAGCCACGUGAUAAGAUGCGCAGACUGACUGUCUCAGAGGCAACUGAGACUUGUCCUCCACCACCCGGAUUGAGGUUUUCUGACAGAAGUUGAUAUUUGGCUAUGAGCAAGCUGUGGUUCAACUGCACCUUACCAGUGGCUGCAUUAUAUUGCAUUGCAGUAUGCCUAAAUCAUGCAGCUCUUACGCUGGCCAUCCAGGUGGCAUCCACUGGACCACAAACUAUCAAGAAAGCCCAGGGGGAUAGCAUUACUCUGGGCUGCAAAUACACUGUAGACCCCUCGGAUGUGGGAGAGCUGGACAUUGAGUGGACAGCUGUCAGUCAAGACAUGACCCAGAAAGAUCAGCUGAUCUUAUCCUACAAUGGAGGGAAGGAGUACAAGCUGGGAGACCCAUCCCUCAUGAGUCGUCUGCAGUUUGUUGAGGACCCCAGCCGUGGAGACGCCACGGUCACCAUUUCUAACCUCCAGGUCCCAGACACGGGCACGUACCAGUGUAAAGUGAAGAAAUCACCAGGCUUCGAUUCAAGGAAAAUCACUUUACUGGUGCUAGUACGACCUUCGGUCCCUAAAUGCUGGGUGGAAGGCAGUGAGGAGAAGGGCGGAACGGUUUCGCUGCACUGCAAAUCCUCACAGGGUUCACCUCCUCUAAAAUAUGCAUGGACGAAAGAGAGUGGAAACAUGCCACCGACCGCAACACAGAAUCCCCAAACUGGAGAGAUGCUAAUCAGAAACCACAGUGACAGCUACAUGGGGAAGUACCUUUGUGAAGUCAGCAAUGAAGUAGGCACAGAACGAUGCACCUACGUCCUUCAAGCAUAUAAUCCGACUAAUAAAGUGGGAGUGAUUGUGGGAGCUGUGAUUGGUGCAUUGCUGUUGCUGCUGCUCCUCCUCCUGCUGAUCUGGCUUCUGAUUUGCUGUUGCAACAAGCGCCGCUAUGAGAAAGAGGUUGCCAAUGAGAUUAGGGAGGAUGUGGCAGCACCGGAGAGUCGCCCAGGAAGUCGUAACACCAGCUUCCGUUCUAUUAUGAACUACCACACCCAUCCAGGCAUUAACUACAUCUCGGUUCAGAACGCAGAGGUCAUGCGGUCUGGAUCAGGUCACAGCAGCACUUACACCGAAAAGAUUAGAGUCCAAAGGGAAGCCAGCAUGCUUGCUAGUGAUCACAGGCCUCCACUACGAUAUGACAGCAAAUAUGGAUAUCCUGUAUAACUGACGACCUGCCAGUGGGACUCAAAAAAACUGCAAAACGGUGGCAAGAUUUGCAGCCAUAGAACUGCACAGAAGAAUAUUCAUUUGUGAACUGCAUAAUAUUGAUCUACUAAUAUGUGUAUAGUUGUGUUUAUGUAUUUUUGUAUAAUUUUAUUAGCAUUUGCAUGGACGUUUUGGUAAAAUGUGGUUAAAAUGAAAGAAUGUUAGCAGAUUAUGGUGGUAAUUUUAAGAGGAAUUUAACUAACAAACCUUUUUAACUUCUUUGUAACAAAUUCAGUCAUUUAAGUUUGAAAGUAAAAGAUUUUAAAAGUGUGAUGUGAGUGGUUGCUAUGUUACAUAGUUAUUUACAGUGAAUCCAAAUAAAUAUUUGGACACAUACUAUAAGCAUGUAAAACACACUUAAUGUAUGCAAGUUUUUGCACUGAAACGACUUUAUACAUCCACAAAAAAUAACUUUGACUCCAAUUGAUUUGACGUUAUUGCAAAAAUGCUCAUAAAAGUUCAGCUACUUCUGAGUAAAAGUCUGGCAUAAUCUGUUUGCAGAUAUCACUUGGUUUAAUGUUUUGUCAUCUAAUGCAAUGACAUUCAGACAUUUUAAGUGUCCAAAAAUGUCCCAAUACUUUUGGGGCUACUGUAGCUGGACAUUUUGAUAAAAUGUGGUUUAAAUCAGUGGUGUAGUAGUAGUGUCUGAAGAGGUGGGCAUACUGUGAAUUUAUGGACCCCCCAAAUUGAAUGUAGACCAAGAAAUGUAAAGCUCCAAAAAGCAUUUAAAGGCAUCUUUAAGGUAAUCCAUAUGACUCCAGUGGUUUAAUCCAAGUCUUCUGAAGAGAUCUAAUUGAUUUUGGGUGAGAAUAGACCAAAAUAUAACUCAUUUUUCACUGUAUAUCUUGACAUUGCAGUUAGAGGUCUGCAUUCCCACCUGAGUCCAGCAGGACCCGCGGGACCCGAUCAGAUUACUUGCAGCGCUGGAUUAAAUUUCCGAGUUGAAGGCGGUAAAAGAUGGUAAAUCCAUAAGUAGUGUGAUGGAGUGGGCGGUCAGAUAAGAGCCCGAAAAAUCCAAUGUGGAUAUCUAUUUUUACAAGAAUGGCAGAGCUAAGCAUGGACACCCAGUUUCGUCAAAGGAUGUGAAACUGGGACUGGAAAAUGGUCAGUUUAAGUGUUUAGAAACCAACCUCAGGCAAGUCAGAUGGGGAUCAAGUCAUGUGUCAGCUGAUAAUAGCAAUAACAGAAAAAUAAAGCGUUAUUUGUGUACACUUGUUGUCUAUUUGUAUGGCUUUUGCCCUAUGUGGAAAAUGAUGCAGGAUUGCGGGAACGGUUGGGAAGAAAAUCACUACGGGCAGAGAGCAGGUAAACAUGAAGUAAAAUCCAGCUGGAGCGUUCAGGUGUGGGAUAGAAUCUUGCGGGAGCGGGAUGAAAAAAACAGUCCCGCGCAGACCUCUAAUUGCAGUCUCUAAGCACGAUCAUGAUUUCAAGCUCGAUUACACUUCCUAACACAUGAUGCAUGCAGAGCUCUAGAUGGCCCAAAACCAAGUGGAUUGCUUCUGAAGUCAAUGAUUAAACCACUGGAGUUUUAUGGAUUACCUUAAUGCUGCCUUUAUGUGCUUUUUGGAGAUUCAAAGUUCUGACCACCAUUCACUUGCAUUGUGAGGACCUACAGAGCUGAAAUAUUCUUCUAAAAAUCUUCAUUAAAUGGAACACAAAAACCAA